UAUGGAUAGAAUAUAGAUAAAUAAUAAUAUUACAUAGGAAAAUCGAAGAUUUAUGGGACAUCAAAAUAUACCGGGAGAUAGAUAUUCACCGGGAGAUUGAUGUUCGCCGGUAUCUGGAUACACAAUUAAAAACAAAAUCUGACUUUAAAGUUUUCGUGAUUGAAUGGACUGAAUUCAGAAAUCUGUAAAAGUAUGCCUUACGUGCAAAGACAACUUUUUGUGUUGACGUUGCAAUUUUAUUUAGAACGCAGUGAUGUCCAUAAUGAAUAAUAAGACUGAUGAGUAAUUAUAGGUUUGAUAUCACGUAUUGAUGGAAGUAUCAUGUUCUCCAUCACAACAGAAGCAUCAGCAGCUGUUAUUACAUUAGAUCCUUGGGAUAAACUUCUUAUCAUCGCCAGCGCUGGUCUCUUCCUGUUGUUUGUACUCGUGUGUCUCAUGUGUGUCUUGUCUCCAUUCUGUUGGCUGUAUCACUACUGUCCUUUCCAGACCCAUACACCAGUAAAAGGUCAUGAUCCAGCGCAAGGAUAUGGAUCAACCUCCACUGGAAGUCAAAGUCCUCGAUCUGAGUGCAUGCCGUUAUCGCCUCGCAUGCGUGUUGGAUCCGUCAAAGAAUCGUCAGAAUUUUCCGACUCUAGUGGUCCUAGCAUGAUAGAAAUGAAAAGGGCACAGUGGAAAGAUGGUUUAAUGCAGAAGAGGAGUUUGAGUGUCCCUAAUGUUGACUCCAUGGACCAUAGAGUAACGUUACUGAAGGGGAGCUUGGAAUUUACAAUGAAAUACGACAAAAAUGAACGUAAACUAAUAGUUAACAUCUUAAAAGUAACCGAAAUGAUCUUGAGUGACACAGCUGCAGUGAUCUCCCCUUAUGUGCGCGUGCGCUUUUACAGGGUUCCAUAUCAAUUCUUUAGUCUCAGCAAGGAUCACGUGAUAAAUAAUUUACAUAUAGAAAUUCGAACUAAAAUGAAGAAACACAAUGACAAUCCAACAUUUAAUGAAAUUUUUGUAAUUCCAAUAGAUAAAGACGACUUAAAACUAUAUACUGUAAAAUUACAACUGUGUGACCUAGAUAAAUAUUCCCGCCAUAUUGUUUUGGGUGAGGCAACGUUUACACUAAAGAAACUUAAUCUGGCGGAAAACGAAGACGCUGAAUGUUCUGAGAAUCUACAACCUCCUAUAGACGAAGAUAUAGGAGAUGUUUCUAUAGGACUAAAUUAUCUACCAACAGCAGAAAAGUUGUAUCUAACUAUUGUAAAAAUCCGUGGGCUUCGACCAAUGAAUAAACAAGAUAACACAACUGAUGCAUAUGCCCGGGUCGCUUUAAUGUUCGAUGGUAGACAUCUUAAGAAAAGUAAAACAAUUAUCAAAAAAGGAGAUCUUAAUCCCGAGUUUGAUGAAACAUUUGCAUUCGAUGUUCCAAGUCAAAAGCUUGGAAGCGUUUAUUUCCGAGUGUCAUUGCUACACGCUGGAAAGACUAAAGAAGAACAUAGAUUAUUGGGUCGUGUUUACAUUGGACCGAAUUUAGAUGCCGAUUCUCAUGCACACUGGAUGGAAAUGAUUCAGUUGCCAAGGAAACAAGUUACAGCUUGGCACAAAAUCCAAGGAUAAGUCGAAGUCGUUACAUUUUUCAAUCUUAUCUUGGAUUCAGUAACAAAAACUUCACAAAGAAUUUUGUGUUUACGAAAUCUAUUCACCAUGAAGUGUGAGCUGUUUAAGAAACAGUGUAUUGUAAAACAAGCUCUUUUUCAUUAAUUAUAGAGGUAUAGAGCGGGAAUUGUACUAAAGAUGAAAUUGAAUUCGUUGAUGAACAUACGGCAUUUUGUAAAGAAAACUCCAUCAGUUUGCUAUCCACCUUUUUUUUAGUUUGAAAUGUAAGCCUCUAAAAGCACUAAUCAUUUGUCGUGUAAUGAGUUGUGAGAAAUGGAGAUAAUGCAUUGAGAAAAACUAAAUUUAGAUUUGUGUGAAAUUCUGAACUUUAAUGAUGAUGGUUAAUAUACAUAUACUGAAUAAAAUGUUCAGUGACAAAUAUUCUUAAUAUCAUAUAUCAAAAAUAAACUACCGGUAAACUUCUUCAAAUUACAAUAAAUACAUUAUUGUAACUAAGAAAAUAAACCACUCGACAAAAACUCGAUUAUAAAAGUUAUGUUUGCAAUUUUUGCAAUUUUUCCUUUUUUUUAAAUCAAAAUAUAUGUUGCUAAACUUUAUUUACUUAGUAUAAACACGUCUAUCAGAAAUUAAACUUUAUAAUCUACAAUGAAUAGGUAUAAAGAUAAAUUUAUUUUAUUAUAGUGUCACAUAUUGAUUGACAUACACAGUAUAUAUAUCAUCAGUUAAAACAUUCAAUCAAUACCCAGCCAUAAAAUUGACUUAUUAAAAUUCUAUAUUUACACUAAAUUCUUAUAAAAAUCUGUAUUUACACUAAGUUACAAUCACGUUAUCUGUUGAAUAAAAAAAAAAAAAAUAAUCUAGACGAUUAAAAAAUAAAUAAAAGUUAAAAUUAAAUAAAAUAAUGUUAAACUAAACUAUAAUUAUCAAAGUUAAUUAUAUUGCAAUCAAUUAAAUAAAAAAAACAUUUCUUCACUUCAGGCUGAUACAGUUCAUUUGGCAAACAAAACAUUAAUUGACCAAUGGCCUUUUAACAAAUAGAAAUGAGAAGAUGAUAAUAUCAAAUCGGUACAAAAUAAUUAGUCUUCCAAAAUACAGACGUUUCCGACUUUUGUCAUUCUCUGAAAUGUUAUACUGUACUUAAAUUUUGAAUUGUAUCCGGUGAAAAGGCUUUUACCGUGAUAUAGUGAUAUAGAUUUAAACCAGAAUGAAAUUAUUUUUUUAUCUUAUGAUAUUUUCUACAUCUCUAAAGUAACCGGUGUCUAUUGAAUGUGAUGGCGGAUGACACAAUAACCCAAUGAGCAUAUUAAAUACUAUAAUGGUAUUCUCUGUUAACCUAUUUAUUGUGUUCUAACUAUAUAAUAUAUGUAAAUGAUGUUAUGUAUAAAUUAUGUGUUAAUAGUACCUGUAGGAAUCAAAUUGUUUAUAUUCUAUUUAAAGUAUGGUCCAAGUGUUCAACACUUACAAAAUUGUAUAUAAUCUACACCGGGUUAUAAUGUCACCUAUAAACUUUCGUCAGGAAUUAUUUAUAUAAUAACGAUUGCAGUGGAAAUUCAUUGGAAGUUUAUGGGGAUUCAUGUUAACUUUCACUUGCAGUUAAUGUAAGUGUAGAUUGCCUGUUAAUAGCAGUGCAAACUAUUUUAGUUGUUAAUUUUAUGUUACAUUAAAAAUAAAUUAAUAUCAUUCCAUUUAA